AUGGCUCUUUUCUCAUCAUAUUCAGCUUCCUAUUCUAUUAGAUGUUCUUCGAAUAGAGAUAAUCAUGAUCAAAAUAAGCAAAAGCUGACUAAUCUCAGAAUUAUUAGUACAUCAAGUAGGUCCUCUAAUAAGGCUGAUAUACUGAACCAAACGGCUGGUGUGGCUAACACGUUCAAUUCAAUCACUUCGAUCCCGGAAAAUGGCUACAUCCCAAAAGAAGAGGUUCGCCAAAAUAUUCCGACGAGGAAGCAGUUGGUGGAUCCCCAUCGUCAAGGGCUCAUCAGUCAAGGAGGUGUUGGCUACAGGCAGACUGUUGUCAUUAGGUCCUAUGAAGUUGGUCCUGACAAAACUGCAACUCUUGAGAGCAUCCUGAAUCUUCUUCAGGAAACAGCAUUGAAUCAUGUAUGGAUGUCUGGUCUUCUGAGCAAUGGUUUUGGUGCCACACAUGGAAUGGUAAGGAAUAAUCUCAUAUGGGUUGUCUCAAGGAUGCAGGUUCAAGUCGAUCACUACCCAAUCUGGGGAGAGGUAAUGGAGAUUGACACAUGGGUUGGAGCAUCAGGGAAAAACGGAAUGCGGCGAGAUUGGCUAAUCCAAAGUCAAGCCACAGGCCAUGUUUUUGCACGUGCCACCAGCACCUGGGUGAUGAUGAACCAGCAAACAAGGCGCCUCUCCAAAAUGCCAGAAGAGGUGAGGGAUGAGAUUUCACCCUGGUUCAUAGAGAACCAAGCAAUCACGGAAGAUUCCCCCGAGAAAAUCAUUAAGUUGGACAGUAAAGCAAGAUAUAUGAACUCCAAUUUGAAGCCCAAGAGAAGCGAUUUGGAUAUGAACCAACAUGUAAACAAUGUGAAGUACGUAAGAUGGAUGCUUGAGACCAUCCCUGAUGAGAUUUUGGGGUCUCGCCAACUAUCCAGUAUCAUACUAGAAUAUAGAAGGGAGUGUAGGAGUUCAGACAUAGUUCAGUCACUUUGCCAUCCAGACGAAGAUGGAAUUCUGAAAGAUGGAUUGAAACAAAACAAUGAUAUUAGUCUGCUCAAUGGGUUUUCUCUUGCAUCAGAAAUUCUUGAAGGUGGUGGACUUCUGGGCUCCUACGAAAAGGCACCACUAAGAUAUACACACCUUCUGCAAACUCAAGGUGAGAGAGGAAGUGAAGAGAUUGUCAGAGGAAGAACCACAUGGAAGAGAAAGAUGUCCAGUACCAUGCCUUUCUCCACCUAG